ACUGGGCAGGGCCGAUGUACUCACAGGACGGGGGCGGGGCCUUGCCUGCUUUCAAUCAAUAACCUUUUGGAAUUUAGAAAUACAAGUAGGUCCUGUCUCUGAGGCUGUACCACACUCUCGAGGGCGGGCUUACAGGCACACUCGACGAAAUCCCUAUCUCCUCCUGGCAUUCUCCCUGACUGUUUCUCCAGGGCUGCCCACCACAAUGGCUGAUCACACCUCUCCAGACUACUUCAGCUGCUCUCUGUGUCAGAGCCUGCUGAGGGACCCUGUGGCGAUCCCCUGCGGCCACAGCUUCUGCAUGGACUGCAUCAGUGGCUACUGGAACGAAGCCGACUACACGGGGAUUUACAUUUGUCCCCAGUGUAAGAUCACAUUCACCCAGAGGCCUGUACUGAGGCCCAACGCCACUCUGAGCAUGGUGGCAGAGAAGAUCAAGAAGAGCGGUCUGAACCUCAACCUCAGCACGUCCCAGGGGAGCGUCUUUGCCGGAUCAAACGACGUGCCCUGUGACUUCUGCAUCGGGAAGAAAUUAAAGGCUGUCAAGUCCUGCCUCAACUGCCUGGCGUCCUACUGCGAAAAGCACUUGAAGCCACACUAUGAAUCAGCCACGUUCAAGAGGCACAAGCUCGUGGACGAGUUAGGGAACUUGGACAGGAAGAUCUGCCCGCAGCACCAGAAGUCCCUGGAGCUCUUCUGUCGCACAGAUCAAAUGUGUAUCUGUGCCAUCUGCACAGUCAGCGAGCACCGGGGCCACGACAUCGUGUCUGCUGAGGCAGAGAGGGGCGAGAAGCAGAAACUUUUGGGAGUCUCCCAAGCUGAGAUUAAACAAAAAUGCCAGGAGAGGGUGAAGGAGCUGGAGGAGCUCAAGACUGCGGUGGAUUCCCUCAAGAACUCAGCGCACAGAGCCAUGGUGGAGAGCCAGAAGAUGUUUGAGGAUAUGAUACGCUCCAUUGAGAGGAUGAGGUCAGAGGUGAGCAAGCUGAUUGGGAUCAAUGAGAAGGCUGCUUUCAGCCAAUCCGAGGCUUUGAUCGAGCGUCUGGAACAAGAGAUCGAUGAGCUGAAGAAAAAAGAGUCUGGCCUCAAGCAGCUGUACAGCACUGAGGACCACAUCCACUUCCUGCAGAACUUCAACUACCUCUGCACCCCCACUGAUGACGGCUUCAUACCCAGAGUGAGCGUGAACCCCGACUUCUCCUUCGCGGCUGUCAGGAAAGCCGUGGCCGAGAUUAAGGAGCGCCUCGAGGAGUUCGGCAGAGAGGAGCUGCUCAGGAUUUCCAAGUCAGGUGUGAGCAGCACAAACGUGAUGUUGAACACAGAUAAAACAGCUACAUUAGGCUCAACUUUUAAAAACUCGACACUGAAUCCAGUUCAAAACCGUGUAAACAACGUUGUCUUUCCUUCUUCAGACUUCUGCCAACUGAAAUUAGAUCAUAACACGGCCUACAAGGAGCUUUGCAUCUCUGAGAACAGCAGGAAAGUUAUCCGCACCAGGGAGCUGCAGUCCUACGGAGACAACUCGGAGAGGUUUGAUAGCUUUGCCCAGGUGCUGUGCCGAGAAGCUCUAUCCGGAGGCCGCUACUACUGGGAGAUCGAGUGGAGCGGGGAGUUCUCCAUCGGAGUGGCUUAUAAGAGCAUCAGUCGAAAGGGCAAAGGUUCGCUCUGUCUGCUGGGCUACAACGACAAAUCCUGGAGUCUGCUUUGUUCUGACUCCGGUUACUCAGCGUGGCACAACCGCGUGGACAAGCCCGCCCAUGGCCCUCACUCCCCGCGGAUAGGCGUGUACCUGGAUCACACUGCAGGGGUGUUGGCGUUUUACAGCAUAGGCAACACCAUGACCCUCCUGCACAGGUUUGAGACUAAAUUUGUCGAGCCCCUCUAUCCGGGCUUUGGAGUCGGAACGUCAGUCAGGAUCUGCAACGUCAAGUGAACGCUGACAUUUGAGCUGUUUUAAAAAGAUUUCUGCGAAUAUACACCCGUGCUUUUGGAAUAUCUAUUUUUGCAACCAUUAUAAAACUCACAGCUUAUUUUUUAAGGUUUAUGAUGCUUCUUCCACACGUCUUUACACUUUUUUUAAACACCACAUGUAUUAAGCUUUGAAUGUAGCUGUCAAAUCAUAUUCUCAUGGCAGUUUAACAAAUAUAUAUAUGUAUUAUUGAAGUACACAACUCCUGCAUGGUCACACAAGAAAAGAAGUGUUAUCCUGUUUGGUGUCUGAUGGUAUCUGCUGGGUAAUAUGAUAACAUACUUUUAAACAUUUUAGCUGAUUACAGAUUUACCCAAAGUUAAUGUCAGUUUUGUGAUGUCAUUACGUUGUUCACUAUUGUUAUUGAAUCAUUCUUUUUAAAACUGCACUCCUACGACAGGUGUGACUAUGAAGGUGCAUUGUUAUAAUUUCACUACUGUUCCAAGAAUGCUGUCAUUUCAUCUGGUCGUGUUGUGAUAUUAUCUAAAGGUCGUCACAUGAGUUUUUUUAACUAACCCUUAUUUAAUUUUGUGUAUGUUUACUUAGAUAAUGGACAGCCAGAGUAUAAUUGCUAUCAAAGAGAAUUGUUUUGUAACAACAUCGAUUUAAAUAAAGAACUCAUAAAUGAACAGA